GAAUUUUCUCAGGCAAAGUGGCCGUCCCUGUGUCUCACACUGGACCUGACAUUUACCCUUUGACUGCCAAACCAUCUUUGUGAUUAACAUUUCCAUCCUGCGGAGGAAGAACCUACAGUGAAAAUGAGAGAACACAAGCCACAAAGCAGGACGUGGGCCUCAGAAGGUGAAGUGCAGGGAGUGCAGGCGGCAAGCCAGGGGACAGGCCUCCCCAUGAAAAGCCCCCACCCGUCACACUCGUGUUCGUGUCAGGCUGCGGACUGCAGUUCUUUUCUCGCUCCCUAAGACCAUCCUCCCAACGUCACUACUUGACCUCGAUGUAAAGUGGACAAAACUGCUUGAAUGGGAGGACAGAAGGGAAACACUCCAAUACAUUUCAGACAUGCGACUAGAAUUCAAACCAAUGCCGAAUUUCGACUGCGACUUGCCCGAGGUGUGUAAGGGUCCUCACAGUUCAGCCCGGAGAAGCAGAUGUUAGCUUGACAGCUGCCAUUAUUUCGGUCCCUUGAUUGGCCUGAGACGUUUCCUUACAGGCCCUUAAACAGAGCCUUCUUGCGUCUCCCCGGGUACGCGCGGCCUCGCGCACUUGUGGGCGGGGAUAAACUCGCUGCCCCGCCCCCGGCCCCGCCCCCGGCCCCUCCGGCCCUGUUCUCAAUAAGGUCCGCCAGAGGGUUAUAAAUGAGGAUUUCGUCGCUGUGUAACCUAACUUCGCUGCUCUGUUUCACUGACCGGAGGACAUGUCUGGUCGCGGCAAAGGCGGGAAGGGCCUGGGCAAGGGGGGCGCCAAGCGCCACCGCAAGGUGCUGCGCGACAACAUCCAGGGCAUCACCAAGCCCGCCAUCCGGCGGCUGGCCCGGCGCGGCGGCGUCAAGCGCAUCUCCGGCCUCAUCUACGAGGAGACCCGCGGGGUGCUCAAGGUGUUCCUGGAGAACGUGAUCCGGGACGCCGUCACCUACACGGAGCACGCCAAGCGCAAGACGGUCACGGCCAUGGACGUGGUGUACGCGCUCAAGCGCCAGGGCCGCACCCUCUACGGCUUCGGGGAGUACUACAAAGGUGACUGGAUGCGCGACGCCUCGCCCGCGAUGCGCUCGAAGAUGUCGUUGACGAACGAGUUCAUGAUGCCCAUGGCCUUGGACGAGAUGCCGGCCAUGGCUCGCACGAAGCAGACGGCGCGCAAGUCGACGGGCGGCAAGGCCCCGCGCAAGCAGCUGGCCACCAAGGCGGCCCGCAAGAGCGCGCCGGCCACCGGCGGCGUCAAGAAGCCGCACCGCUACCGGCCCGGCACGGUGGCCCUGCGCGAGAUCCGCCGCUACCAGAAGUCCACCGAGCUGCUGAUCCGCAAGCUGCCGUUCCAGCGGCUGGUGCGCGAGAUCGCGCAGGACUUCAAGACCGACCUGCGCUUCCAGAGCUCGGCCGUGAUGGCGCUGCAGGAGGCGUGCGAGGCCUACCUGGUGGGGCUCUUCGAGGACACCAACCUAGCGGUUUGGGUGGUUAUGUCAGGUCGCGGCAAGGGCGGGAAGGGCCUGGGUAAGGGGGGCGCCAAGCGCCACCGCAAGGUGCUGCGCGACAACAUCCAGGGCAUCACCAAGCCCGCCAUCCGGCGGCUGGCCCGGCGCGGCGGCGUCAAGCGCAUCUCCGGCCUCAUCUACGAGGAGACCCGCGGGGUGCUCAAGGUGUUCCUGGAGAACGUGAUCCGGGACGCCGUCACCUACACGGAGCACGCCAAGCGCAAGACGGUCACGGCCAUGGACGUGGUGUACGCGCUCAAGCGCCAGGGCCGCACGCUCUACGGCUUCGGGGGCUAAGCAUUGCACCUGCAG